UGGCCCUCAGAGUUUUCUGGAUUGGAAGUUAUCGUCAAUCGAGAGACCCCAAGUCAUCGAGACCCUGGAGCGUCGCCUUCAUUUUAUGACCUUUUGGUGAGCCUUGGCAAAGCUCACCAUGCCAUACUAGCUCUGCCAGAUCUGGGUGCUGAGCUAGCAUAUCCCCCU